AUGAUAUAUAUAUUGCUUAAAAAUAAUAAAGAACGUAUAAUAACAAGCAAAUAUAUUAAUUUUUAUUUUAUUUUUUUAUAAAAAAAUAGAUAAGAUGAAAUAUAAAAUUAUUACUAAAAUACAUUAGAUUUAGAUAAUAUAUUGACAUUUUUUUUAAAAAUAAGUCUUUAAUUAGAACCUUAGAAUAGAAAUAUUAAUUUAUUGAAAUUUUUUAGGAAGAUAUGUAAAUAUAAAGGAGAAGGAAUAUCUGUAAAUUAAGAGAUUAUAUUUAAAUAUAUUGAGAAUAUAAAAAACUUAGAAAAGCAAAUAUUUAUUCCUUUAAAAAUAAAUAACCAUAGUAUGGAAUUAUAGAUAUUUAUUAAAAACCAGAAAAUUAUAAUAGAUGAGAUUUCUAUAGGAAUAUAAAGUAAUAUAUAAUAAAAUCAGAUUUUAUUAUAUUUUGUCGAAUAAAUAAAAUUAUAUUCUGAUUUAUGUUUAUAAAGGAAUUAUUUAUGGAAGGAAAAACUAUAAAAAAUAUUCACUAUAGAAUAUAUACUUAAAUAGAUUUUCAAUGAAAACCUAAACCCGGAAUUAAGAUCUGCUUUUUGUAAUUUAAUGCUUAAUCUUUUUUUAGAUAAUGAUCCUUUAAAUAUGUUAAUAUUACCUCAAAUGUGUAGAGUAUAUAAAUAUUAAUAAUUAGAAGAUAAUUAAAUAAAUAAUAGUAAUAAAAUAUUUCUAUAAGACUUUAAUUAUUUCGAUAAAUUAAUCUAAUAUUCAAUUUAAUAUAUAGAUAAUUAAGUAAUUUAGGCCUAUAAUUAAUCUAAUGCAUCUUAAUAAUAGACUAUUAAAUAAAUUUAAAAAUAAUAAGGUUAGGAGGUUAAAGGAAAAAAUGUACUUUCUAAUAUUUUAACUUUAAAUAUAAUUAAAACUUUAAAAAUUUUAGUAUAGUUUAAUAUUUUGGAAAUACUAGAUAAGAAAAAACUCUUUCCUAAAAUUUUCUGUUCAUUAGCUUAAUUACUAUAAUACGAUCCAAAAAAUAUCGGUUUAAUAGAAUACUUAAAUAAACAGAGAGAAAUAAGGUUCUAAACGUUAAUUAAAUAAUAAAAUGUGAAUGGUAUUUAGAGUUUGACUCAAAAGCUGGUAUUUAUGAUAUAAAAAACACAAGAUGUAACAGUAAAAACACUCAAAAUACUUAUAAAAGGUCAACUUAAAAAAAAAAGCAUUGAAGAAGAGGAAGAAAAGAUUAAAAAUGAUUCUAUUUAAAAUAAAGGAUAUAUAAUAGGAGGUUUAAUAUAGAUUUUAUAAAUGAUAAGAGGUAAAGAUUUGGAUGAGAAAACAAAUAAAAAAUAAGAAAAAAUUUACAUAAAAUCUAAAGUAGAGAUUUGUGAAUUAUUCCUAUUUUUUCUAGAUAUGAGAAUGGAUUAUUUAAUAGCAAAUUUUAUAUCCUGGUUUGAAUUUUUAUCAAAAAAUAAAUAAAAAAAAGGAGAAAAUAAAAAAUAUAUAAAGGAUUCUUUAUAAAAAUAACUCUAAACUGUAAUACCUAAUAUAUAAAAAACAGGAAUAUUAUUUAUAGAUGAAUUAUAUAAACCAACAUUAGAUAAUUAUAAUAAUGUACUUUUUAAAAAAUGGAAGUGUUUAUUUUUUAAAAACUAAAAUAAAAAAAAUUAAACUUUAUAGAUUAUACAAACGGAUAACUAUUUUUUAGUGAUCUUGAUUAACUUUUUUCAGGAAAAUUCGAAAAUAGUAAAGUAUAUAUUUAUAUAUUUAAAUAUUCAUAUAUUCAUAUAUAUAUAUAUCUUUUUAAAGUUAAUCUGUGAAUUUUUACCUAGUUUAUUAAUAAGCUUUUUUUUAGAAAAUGAUAGUAUUUUAAAAGAUAAAAUAUUAGAAUUAAUAAGGAAUUCUUAUAGUCAGGCUAUUAAUUUAUUUGAAAAAUUAAAUAAUUGUUAAGUUUUAUUUGAUUAAUGUGAUAUAAUACCAUUUAGGGUUUUCUAAAAUAGAAUAAAGUAAAUAAAAAGCUUAGCUGAAAAAUCAGAAGUGUGGCUUUUAAAAUUUGGAGAAAUUUUCGAAAAUUUUAAUGAAAAUAUAAAUAAUGAAUAAAAUGAAGAUAUUUUUGAUAUAAUAGCUAUAUUAGAUGAUUUAAGUUCUCUUUUUUUUAAAGGUUCUUAUAUUGAUAAAUAGAACAAAUUAAUAAAGGGCGAAUUUUAUCAUUAUUAUAUUUAAUAAAAGAAAAAAAUAUUUAAUAAGAUAUAAUUGCAUGAUCAAAUAGACUAAACAAGAUAAAAAAUAUUUACUUUUUUAUAAGGACAUAUCCCUAUAAUAAAUCUAAUAAAAGACUCAUAGAAUUAAUUGGUGAAAUAUUUAAAAUAAUAUAGUAAAAACAAGAAAUAAAAAUACUAAAUUUUAGAAUUAUUAGAAAUGUUAUAUUAAGUUCUGACUUUUUUCUGUAUAAAUAAUUAAGAAAACUAGUUAAUUUUAUCAAAAUAUAUAGGCUUUUUUUUAGACGAGAUAGCGUUCGAUUUUGGAUAGUUUGAGCUUUUAAAGUCUAUUAUUUAAAAUAAUAAAUUCCUUUGUGAGUCUUUAUUGGAGACUUUUUUAAAGUAGAUUUUUAAUGCAGUAAAAGACUUUGGAAGACAAUUUCGUUUUAUUUAAAUUCUAGAGAUACUAUAAAUAAAUGGAAAAAAUUAUAUUAUAGACAAUUAAAUUAAAAUUUUUAAAUUAUUAGUUCCAAUUAUUGAUAUUUAGGAUGAUAAAGAAAUUAUUUAAUAGGCUAAUUAUUUCCUUUUUGGUUAGUUUGAUAAGAAAAUGCAUUUUAAGUUUGAUUUUUAAGUUAAAAAAUUAGAUGAUAAAUAAGAUGUUUUUAAUUAAAAAUAAUACGAUUAGUGCUUUCUUUAUCAUUCAGCUAUUUUAGAUGCGUUUAUAGCCUGUGUUUAAGGAGAUGAAGGGUUUAAUAUUAAUUGCUAGAAAGUAAAAAACUUGUUUAAAUUGGAUUAUUUAAUUGAUAUUUUAAAUAAAGAAGACUGCUUUUUAGAAGAAGAUGAUUAAUAUUUAAUAAGGAUAUUUAUAAAUACAUAUAUAUAUAAAAUAUAUAAAUAUUUAUAUUUUAAAUUUAUAUAUAUAUAUAUAUAUUUAUAUAUCUUUUUUUAUUAGUCUCAUAUAGAAAACUUAGAUUUAGAAUUAUAAAAUAUUAAUUUUUAUAUGAAAAUCGAAGUAAAUAGAUUCAAAGAAAUUCGUAGAUUUGAUACAUCAUUGAUAUUUUAUUUAAAUUAUUUUAUUAAUUUCUUCGUUUUAUUUUGUAUUCAUUACUGUAAACUAAUUUUAUCAUAAAUCAAUAUGAAUAAUUAAUAAGAUUUUCAGAUUAUAAAAGAAUUAGAAGAUAGUAUUAUUUAUAAAUUAUCACUAAUAAAUUAAUUUUUAAGUAAAACAUAAAUUAGAAUUAUUCUUGAGUUCAUAUAAAUCACUAAUACUAAUAGAUAUAAUUAAUUAAUGAAUUAAAUUAAUAUUAAAUAUUACCAUGAUUAUGAUUUUAAUAUUUUUUUAAAAGAUGUAAUUUUUAAUAUAAAUAUAUAUAUAUAUAUAUAUAUAUAUAUAUAUAUAUAUUUUAUAUUCUUUUAAGGAAAUUUAAGAAUAAAAUAAUUAAUUUAAAUAAAAUAAAAUAGAUAGUUUUCUAAGUUUAUAAAACUGGAAAUAUUUAUUAAAAUAAAUAAACAAAUCAGAAAUUCUUAAAAAUGCUAAAGAUAACGAGCUUUCUGUUUUGUCUCUUGCUAUAAUGAAUAUUUAACAUUUAUUUGA